GAGUGCACAUUUGCAUCAACAAACCACGUUCGGAACAAUACACACUUGACCACACCAACACGCGUGCCCUGCUGUGGUACUCGCGCGACAUCUAAAGCCAGUUGGACAGCAAAUUUUUUUGUUGUUUUUGUAUAGUUGAAAUCGUGCGACCGAUUUGCUGUUUCCUUUAUCUGAACAAUUACACAUCAGUAGUGUAAAGUUGAAAUAUGACUUCACAUUACAUUAUUUUGAUCAUUGAAACAAAUUUGUUGAAGUGUAUUACUUCAUAGUUUGGUAUGAUGUAAUAAUAAAUUCGUUUAACACGUAGGCUUUCGCGACCAAUCUUCUCCAUAAUUACGUUUUUUUCUGGGUAGAUCGCGUACAUAUAAAUGUGUCGAUAACCCAACACCGUCCGACACAGCCAAUUUGUUAAGGUUCGUCAUAUAUAAAUUGGUGAACGCUCAAGAUGGACAGUUGUCAGAGUCGGGCUGUGCUGAGUGGACAGCUCCAUGGUAAGCUCAGACCCAUGAGACUGAACAGUCAGAACAUGCAGCCGAGAGAAGGAAUGGGACUGCAACGCUUGCGUCAGACGAGCUACUUUGGUGAAGCUCCCAGCUCGGAAGGUCCCCUUCGGAGGCAGGCGAGAGAGUGGCAGGAGACGGAGGAGCAGAGAGUGAGCGACACGCAGGUGAAGAAUGCCCUCCAUCGCGUGAUUCAUGCGCAGAAGAACAGGCAGCUGGAUGAGACAAAGGAAGAGCUGGAACGCAUCAAGUGCAGAGUUGAUGCGACUGUGGAGGCGUACGAAGAGAGUAGCCGGCAAGUCUUCGAUUCGUACAAAAGCAGGGCGAGCAUGAAGUUUCUGGAGGACCUGGAUCAGCUGGAGGGCCUCCUGUCGAACGUACUGGACAGGAAGAGGUACGAGCAGCAGGUGACCGUAUUCAUCGUGGGCUUUCAGGAGACCUGUGAUCAACAAGAGCAGGUCCUGACCCAGCUGCAUGAGUUCUUCAGUAAGAAUUCACGUUUUCCUUCGGAUUAUGAAGAGACCGUUGACAGAGAUGUUCUUGACUUUGACGACUCCACUGAAAAGGUUCAGGAAGCACUGCUCUCUGCUGAGAAUGCGACCCAGAGAAUGCUUGACCUUAGUAAGGAGAUGAUGUCCUAUCUGAGCUUCCUUGAUUCAAAAGGAACAAAAAAAGGGCGCAAGAGGAUAGAAAAAGCCUUGAAUCAGGCCAAAGAUGAUGUUAACCAGCUGACUGAGAAGCUUCUGGCAGCUUAUAAGGGCAUGGAGCAAAACGAUGAGAACUUGAAGGCACUUUUGAAACAGAAUGAAAUCAAAACUCUGGAGAGCCAACAUUUCAGAACCCAUGCUAUUGCCACAAAGAGAACGCUGGAGACGUGUCAGCAGGACUGGGAGGUUCAGAGAACUCUACUGCAGCGACAGGUGGCCACAGCCGCUGCACGGGCCCAGGAGACCGAUGAGGCCCAUUGCCAGGCUACAGCCCAAGUGGAGAGCCUCAUGCGAUUGGUAGAGGAGCAGGCCAAGCAGCUGGAGCAGGCAGUCGGGGCAUUUCCGCACGCAGGUCAAGUGUUAACAGCAAAAUGGCAUCCUGAAGAACCACAAGUCUAUGAAAGCCGAGAUGAUGCCGGGAAAGAGUCCCCUCUGGCUUUACGAGCGGAGUGCGAGCAGCCCAUUCCACUGCCAUUGCCUGAAGAGGAAACGCCGGGCGGAAAGUCAUCUGAGAAGAGCAGCCCUCGCGGCGACUCUCGGCUUGCCGCAGAAUCGCCGAAGAGUCCUCUUUGCGACGUAUCACCGUCGCCACCGCUGGGAAGCCCGGCGAGCACCACCAGGGUGGCUCCGCGUCGCGGGGGCACCCACGGCCGACCGGGAGAGGCGGCGGUGUCCCCGAGGUGCGGCAGCGAGCCAUCGGGCAGCCCAACAAGCCUCGGGGCCGUGGGUGCAAGGAGUGAAGAGGGCAGCCAAUCGGAGCGGAGCAACCCCAGUCCAGUUGCGGAGGAGCGUCUGCCAGAGGAGGCAACUCGGUUGGCGGACGAGCGGAAGGAUUGGGCCAUGGCACGCGUUCAUGAAUUAGAAAAUGAAAUUACGGGUCUGAUGGAGAGCAAACAAAGAGAAGUUAAGGCUUUAAAAGAAGAACUCAGAUGCUCAAACGCAAGCUGGGAAAAGGAGAGGCACAGUCUCAAGAAAAAAGUGAACCAGAUGGUCCAGCUUCAAAAGUUCGCUCAGAAGGACUUUCAACGGUCGGCAGAAAACAGCCAGACAGCAGUGUGUUCCUGGAAUGCAUGGACACACGUGGAGAGUGAUGCCCCCAUGAGAGAAAAUAGCUCCUCUGCAGGAACUAAAUACGAGCAAUCAUCUUCUCCCCUGGCUGGUGAAACAACUGCACCCUUUGCCCAAGACUGUCCUUCCUCAGGCAUGCAUGGAAAGACUGAGGCACUCGUGCCUGCUGUGGAGCCUGUGUAUCAAGAGUUCCUCAAAGUCUACAGCUGUACCAUGAACUUCAAGGACAAUGUGGUGGCAUUGCUCGUCAACAGGGGAAUGUCUUCGGCAGCAUCUGGUUUUCAACUGGUGCGGCACUUGGCAGUUGGAGCUGCUGAAGAUCCGUUUGUUCGGGCUCAGUCCAUGAGCAGUUCCAUCCAGACAAUUCUCAACGAAACCACCGGCGUCAUUAUCAGUCUGCUGAGUGAAGCCACAAUUGCAAUGGAAUCGCUACCCCAACAAAGAGGGAAGAUGUUUGAAGACGACACCCAUGACCUUACGCUUGGGUGUGAAGACCCAUGCUUUCAUCGUGACUGUGAGCUCCAAAAUGCUGGGUCUGUGCAGGGUUCUGUGAACGUAACGGAAGAUGGCCUGAAAAUUACAAGCUCUCUGGAGAUGAUAUCCAGCUUCGGCUCGACGCAGCGGGUUCUCAGAUCUACCUCGGUGUUUAGCGAUAGGCUAGAGGAGAACUCCGUUAAGCAGUUCCCGGUCUCGAAUGUGAAGGUGGUUUUCCCUGCACUGGAAAUGGAGGAGCCACAAUCAUCCGAGGGAUUUUUGCAGGAGCGGGUGCAUUUCCUCGAACAAGAACUCGUGGGCAAACAGCUGGAAUUUGACGAGGAGAGGGAGAGGAAUUUGAACCUUGUCGCAGAGCUCCGGAAGCAGAUACGAGCCCUGCAAAGGAGUGCACUCGGAGACAACGCUUGCUCGCCUGAGGACCCAACCUCAGCUCAAAUCUUGGAGUCCAUUGUCUUCUUCACCCGGACCGACAUGGAGCACAAUGUUCGAAAGCUACGGCGAGGAUUUUACAACAAGAAGGUCCAAAGAGGCCAUUGUGAGGAUGCGAUGAGUGCGAUGGAGAAGAUUGUGGUUGCGCAAAGGAAGAGGCUGGUGUUGAUGGCAGAACGCUACGUCGAGCACGUCAGCAUGAAGAGGAUCCGGGACAACGUCUCGAGGAAUUUCGGCGACUCGCGCCCGGUGUGCGACCUGUUGGAAAGGAUGGAAACUAUGCAAAGCAAGCGACACAGGCACUGGUCCAAGCAGAUGGCAGAGCUGAGCGCGUCAAGAAUGCGCGCGGUGGAGCAGCUGACUCGCACACUGUGCGACAUUGAGGAGGAGAGUGGACUGUUUCUUAUUCGGCCGUACCUCUUCUGGAUAAGCAGUGUCAAGUCCAGAAAUUCUAAAUGCAAAAAGGUGAUGCAUCAGCCUCUUGUGGAGAGACGAUCGAACGCUUCGAAUGUAUUCUCGACUCCACCUCCCUCACCUGCAAAGUCGAAUGCAGUCUCCUUGCAGGCAAUAACAAAAAUACCAUCCAUCAUCCUUUGCUCCUUCAAUGUUAUACUGUGUUUUUGUUUUGCUUUUUGUUGAAAUGCAACUAUUGUGUGUGUGUUUUAUUUCAUGUUCGGAAGCAAGUGAUGUCAUUGUGUAUUGGGUCGUAUGAAAGAUCCAGAAGAAGGGAUUUUCUGUAGCACAUCCGCGCUGAAGUGGUUCUGCACUUAAUUUGGCAAAAUUCCGUCUAAAAUAAUUAAGUGUCAUACUGUUUGGUUCUUUCGGUAAAGUCAAAUAUUAAAUUUAUUUCUAACUACGUGACUUUACCGAAAGAACCAAAGAGUAUGGAUUCCUGCAGUCACGAAAGCUUCAAAUCAAGAAGGAAGUGUCAGUUUGAGUAUCGUGUGACGACCAUUACACUCAUAUACGGUGGGAAAGUGCUGCCCUUCCUUGUGUGGACCAGAGGUUACUUCAAGGGAUCUCGGAGGUAGCGUUUUGAUACCCGCUUCCGUGGACCGUUCUCUCAUAUGAAUUGUUGCACUGCUGUGCUGGCGUUCUGAAUAGAUGCAUAGCUUCACGGCUCGAUGCCCAUAGUACAAUUGGGAUAAAACGUGGAGAAAAUGACCCAAUAAAAUGUUAAAAUAAUUCGGCAUCAUUGUGUCAAUGAUCAGUAUCGACCCCCCCUGCCCCUGCCUAAGGAAUAUAACAUUUCCACCGAUGGAUGGGUCAAGGGUUGCUAAGAGUGAUGGGCACCACCCCACAUGAGCUUUGAGCAUGCACACCAGUAGCCUAUCACUGCCAAAUGGUCAGGAGAUGUUUUUCUUGCAUUUAAUGAUCUAUUGUUUACAGGGACAUGGUGGGAGCAGCCUCCAUGUCCAGGGCUCUUGGCUUUCACAGGGUUUACAUUCUUCCUCCCUGAAGCUGGGCAAUGCCUGCAAGAGAGGUCAUGGGUCAUCAUUGUCAUCAUUGGCCAGCAGUCGCUGCACCUCAAGCACCAUUGCCGAUCCUCACUUUCACAAAAGGAGCCUCCAGAAGGCCCCCUGCCAGCAGCACCUUGUGAGCCCAAGACUUUCUCCUGAUGGGGCAAAGAUACCGACGGGAUGCCAAGAUGACGAAGGUCGACGUCUUCGGAUAUUUAUAAAUUCUGGGCAAACGACUGCAUGCCAAGCAAUGCAGCUGUCCUUCGUCAAGGAGAAACUCUCCCAGCGCACUUUGCCACCAUUGCAUGUGCUCGCCGACUUGGAGCCAAAUAAGGACACAGCGCCGUGUUGAUGAGUGGCCAACGUGGAUAUCCCUCGGAGCCAUCGGCUUUCAGAGACGUCUUGACCGAAAGCCUUGACAAGAGGUACCUGGUGCGAACCCCGAAGUGGAAGUUUAGUCCCAACUCCUCGGUUCUCCAGUGGGUUUGGCCAAGUGGGCUACACGAGCACAUCACACCUACACCUCCGAUUGGCACGGUUGGCUACAUAUAGUGCGAAAGAAGUUCAACACACAUGCGUACAUGUCAUUCCCCAACUGCCAAGCAUAGAUUAUUUAGCACGGCUUACUGUGGUAGUGGUAGCAGAAUAAAUAGGGCACUGCACGAUAAUUUUUUGGCGACCUGGGUUUGACUCCUAUCCAUGCGUGACAUCAGUGGAGUGAGGUAUCAAUGUAUGGGCCUCUGCUCAGUUAUUUAAUUCAUGUGAAUACGAUGAAUGUGGAGGAAGGUGACCAAACUCCAUAACUCAUUUUGUGCGUAGACCAAGUGUUGCUCAGUACCAGCAUUUGCCUCCAAAACCUAUAAAUCCGCUUCCACACCUGAACGAUCAUUUCUACAACCAAAUGCGCUUUAGGUCACCUGCAACCGCUUUGUCUGCAUCAGAGCGAGUGGUCAGAAUCGGCAUCUUUAUCUCGACUGCAGGAGGAAUCCGAUGAGCUACGAAGCUCUUUUCCACAGACGCCCAGUAUGGGCCGGUCAGCAAAAUGCAACAACAAACAAUUACAAUUGCCAAGAUAGAGACAACGGUAAGGAAGUCACUGAAUGGUAGUUACAUGACAAAGGAUUUUAAACGGGGAUAUUCAACAUUGUAACGAGCAAAUCGAAGUGCGCAAAUGUGCAGCACGCGAUCAACUGCAUUGCGACAUAUCGCUGAGCGGAUCACUUGUAAAAUACGUGUGAGCAGCCGUGAGUGACCAAUUGCAGAGACGUCCACAUAUAAGCGAUUCAGCUGCAUGCAACCGAGUUUUUGCCAUUGAUUGCUUGGUUGUGGACCCAGUUGCUUAAGAUUAUUCAUAUAUGAAAGGUUGUCAUAAAGUUUUUAGAAAAAUAUACAAACCAUUUUCAUAUAUUAUAUCUGAAUUAUAAUCUUCAUAGAAAAUGCUACGUAGAAACAGUAUGAAAUAGAGCAUACAUUUUGAAUGCCUUGACUACAUAACUCUCAAAAAAUGACAUCUUGUAUACAUUUGUUCGUGCUAUAUCAUCAUCAAACAUGAUCAAUCCACUGCUGGAUGAAUGCCUCCACAAGCUAUCGCUUGUGGAGGCAUUCCCACAAAUACUAUCAAUAAUGUAUAAAAUUUUGAUUUAAAGCUUUCGUGACUGCAGUAAUUCAUAUUCUUAGCUCUUUCGGUAAAGUCACGUUGAAGGGAAACAAUAAAAUAAUCAAAUAUAUAUAACAAUAAAAAUUCUCACGACGUUUCGACCAUAACACAAACGGUCGUUUUUCAGCUUAUUGUUUUUUGCACUAUCAGUCUCAAAGUUAAAUUGGCGAUUAUUGUGUAAUUUCACUUGGAAAUGUUGACUUUGGCUGGCCUUCUUCAAGAAAAAAAAGUGUGUACUCGUGCCUUUAAAGUUUCUAAUUGGAUAAAAAGCGUAUGCAUGCGUUGCAGUUGACAUGCUGGUCAGAUGGGAAAUGCGUGAUUAAUUUUCAGGGCAUUUAAAUGCUCAUUACAAGUGUAACUAUAAUGAAAUUAAACCGUGGUCAUUUCUUCAGAUUAAACGUUUUGUCCCCAUAGGUGUGUGGAAUCAUUUCUGAAAUUAGACCACACUUAGAUGUGAAAAGCGAUGGCUUUGGUUUAACACCAAUGCUGACUGAUGCACAUAUAACAUCGGCAGAAUGGAUACCGUGGGAAUGAUAUUUUUGGUUCCAUUGUCCUUCACUUAAAGUUUCACAGUUGAAUACCCAUAGAAUGCAACUGUUGACCAUAGUGUCUGUGUGUGCAAUUUGCGAAGAGGCAGAAAUUCCGUGCAUUUUUCGCGCUCGGGUAAUAAUUGUACGGGGUUUGCAUUCGUGCGCCUUAAUUUGCGUUGAUUUUUUUUGUCGUCGUGGAAAAUGGAUACUCCUUUUUGUUGGCUAUUGGGUGAGUUGUACUGUAAUUGCCAUGACAUUCGGGGUAACCUAAUAGCUUUGCAGCAGCAUCUCAGGUACACGCAAAAAAACGCGUGCUAAUCAUCGUAAUGGUUUCUUGUCACCACGGUUGUGGGAAUUAUUGUCUCAGCUACAUUUAAAGCAUGGAAACUAAAACGUAAAAUGACGUGAAGUUAAUUUUUUUCGAAAAUAUAUUUUUUGCAUAGUUUUUGGUUUAUGUCAUAUGUACCAUGUCUUCUUUUGCAUCGAAUAUGUUGUAAACGCCCCGUACAUGUAAUUAAACUUUUGUUAGCGAAACGAA